AUGUCGACUAAACUGCAGGUCUCGAAGUCUGGGAAGAAAAACUAUGCCAAAGGUGUCUCGGCACGAUCUCCCAGCAAGGUCAAGCAGACUACGAAGAAGAAGGGAACUGUGGUUCCGUCGAAAUCCAGGUCAUCUAGCGGAGAGGGCCCACCUGGGGGCGAUAUUCGCAAGUCCAACCGCCCUCAAAAGGCGAGAGUGUGGUACGCUGAAGGUGCGGAUGCUACCGAAGAAGACGCUGAACCUGUUACAGCUGCGCGGAACAAACGACAGGGCGACGAUUUGGACGAGGCAGAGGCCAACGGCAAGUCGGGACACAAGGCCGAGGCUGAGGACGAGGCUGAGGCCGAGGCUGAGGAUGAGGCUGAGGACGAGGCGGAGCACGAGGCUCCGCACGAGGCGGAAGAAGAGGCCGACAAAGAUGCGGAGGAAGAUGAGGAGGAAAAGGCGGAAGAAGAGGCGGAGGAAGAGGCGGAGGAAGAGGCGGAGGAAGAGGCGGAGGAAGAGGAAGAUGGCGAGGCGGAGGACGAAGAGGGUGGGGAGUCCGGCAAUGAGUUGGAAGAUGAGUCCGGGGACGAGCCGUCGGACGAGGAAGGUGGAGAGUCGGACGAUGAGCAGGGGAAUGAGGAGGAGGCAGUGGAGAGGAAUGAGGAAAACGGUAUGGCGGAAGUGCCUGCCUGUGCGGAUGCUCAUAAGCCUGACGUCACGGAAAAAACAAGCUUUGACGAGAUGCUGGAAGAGCAGGAUGACAGUGAAGGUGAUGCCGUGGAGGAUGAGGCUGUGGCAAAGGAACGAGCUUUGCUGCUUGGGAAGCUGAAGGCACUUGAUGCGAUCCAGGAACCCGUUGUCAGCUCGAAGCUCGCUGGAAAGGGUGCGAAAGCACAGUCGCGUUCAGGACCCUCUAAGGUUCCGGCUAAGCCACCUCCAGGGAGACAUGCUGUCGCCAUGGCUAAGGGUAAGGAGAAAGUGGUGGAGAAAGUGGUGGAGAAAGUGGUGGAGAAAGUGGUGGAGAAAGUGGUGGAGAAAGGGAUGGCGAAAGAGAGUAGCCCUGGUGGAAAGACGAAACGGGAGGAGUCCGCCUUGCCCAUCCCUUCUGUCUACCUUGCUCCCAUCCCUCCCGUCACCCAUCUCCCAUCCCUCCCGUCACCCAACUCCCAUCCCUUCUGUCAUGUUCCUCCUAUCCUUUCUGUCACGUUCCUCCCAGCAGCAACCAAGGACUCCGGAGCUGCGCCACCAGUGAAGGUUCUCGGCCUAGCCACCAAGCGUUUUGAUCUUGUACCCGCCAAGAAAACCCCGUUUGUGGCGGCAUCCGGCAAUCGCCGCCGGGAGCGUGGUGGUGUAACAAACGCGGACCUUGACCAAUUCGAGCGACGCGUGAUGGCGAGGUUUGCCGAAAUGCUGUCGGCCAUGGGUCGGGGUGCUGGCCAAUCCCUCCCAAUCGGAGCGCCUGCAACAACACCUCCCCAUUCUGGCCCGAGCACCAGCUUGUCGGAAGGCCUUCCCUCUGGCAAUAGUCUCCUGGCAAACCACCGCGAAAUCGUCUACAAAGCCGUAGUCGACUUCAAGGUGCGUUGCCUGUCUAGGGAGGUGAGGCUUUACCUAAACCCUGACUCCCCUCUGCCUGCCAACCCCUCUCCCCUCAACCCUAAACCCCACUUGCUUCCCUAUCCAGGUCUAAGGGGGUCUAAGGGGGUGAGGCAAUACCUAAACCCUGACUCCCUUCUGCCUGCCUGCCCCUCUCCCCUCAACCCGAAACCCCACUUGCUUCCCUGUCCAGGUCUAAGGGGGUCUAAGGGGGUGAGGCAAUACCUAAACCCUGACUCCCUUCUGCCUGCCUGCCCCUCUCCCCUCAACCCGAAACCCCACUUGCUUCCCUAUCCAGGUCUAAGGGGGUAUAGGGAGGUCUCAGGGGGUCUAGUGAGGUCUAAGGGGGUGAGGCAAUACCUAAACCCUGACUCCCCUCUGCCUACCUGCCCCUCUCCCUUCAACCUUAAACCCACCUGCUUCCCUAUCCAGGAACUUGCUAGGCGUGUAGCAACACAUCUUUGCUUCAACAUUGAAGCCUCAAUGAUUCAGUUCUACCCAUCUGCGGAGGAGGCCUUAGAUCAUGGGUUUAGCGAGUUUGUGUCGCCGCAGUUCGAGUGGCCAAUCCUUAACAAUGCGCCCGAUGGGAAGUUGAGCGGCAAGUGGGAGUACAAUCGGAUCCAGUACGAGGAGAUGUGCACCCGUGUGAAGCAGGAGGUCGAGAUCGCUGUCAUGGACCAUGGUGUCCCAUACGCCAGCAACACGAACACAUUCAACUUCCCCAACGGCGUCUACAUCGACGCGUCUGACAUGGAGACCCUUGUCAGCAGGGUGCAGAUAAGACAUUGA